AAGAAAGAAGGGGGUGUUGUGCAUUCCUCAAACAAAUACUGUGCGCGCGGGUUGUUUGCUGCAGUGAUCGGCUCGUUAUCUGCGACCCUGUGCAGCACUGUAUAUUGCAAUGGGUUCACGUAAAAAGAAGGUAAGUAACACGGUUGAGGACAACUCGGAGGAUUUUGUAAACAGUGUCAAGGAAGAGAACGACGAGACGACAGAUUUGAAUGAAUCAUCUGAGGAGGAGAGUGACGCCUCCAGCGUGGACUCCACAGCAGAGAUGUUUAUCGAUGGUCUUGAUUACUUCCUCGAUUGUAAUCUUUCAAAUGACGAUUCCUCUUCUGAUGAGGACUGCAGUCCAAAGGCCACCCCUCAAAAGAGGAAGAGAUCUGGUCCAUCUUGCACAUCACAAUCGCCAACAAAGUCUUUGAGAUCUUCUUCACCUGUCCCUACAAAAAGUGGCAAAGGGAAGAACAGGAGAAGCAGCAUUAAACGGCCCCUUCCAUUUUCAAAAAGCAACUCCGAUGGUAAGUGGCACGGAGUGGAUAAGCCUGAUAUUGAACCGUCUAAACCGAUGUUUAUACCUCGUCGAACACCUGGCCCACAGUUGAUCACCACCGCAUCAUACAGUCCUCUGCAGUUCUUUGAAUUCUUCUUUUCAACAUCAGUGAUGCAGACAAUUGUAAGAAACUCAAAUGCCUAUGGGGCCAAAUGUCAGGAUGGAAAGAAGCCAUGGCAGAACAUUUCUAUAAAAGAUUUCAGAUCAUACUUGGCUCUGGUGAUUUACAUGGGUCUGUUGAAAUGUUCCACACUGACAGACUACUGGAAGAAGUCGGACAUCUACAGUCUGCCGUUUCCUGCUCAAAUUAUGUCCCGUUCAAAAUUUCUCACCAUCUCCAGUGCUCUUCAGAUAAGCGAUCCCAAAGAGGAUGAAGAGAAUGAAAAGAAGAAGGGAACGCCUGAAUAUGACUGCCUGUUUAAGAUCAAGCCGCUGUACCAGCACAUUCGAGAGGCCUGCAAGGCCUCUUUUCAUCCCUUUCAGAACAUCUCCAUUGAUGAAAGAAUGGUGGCAUCAAAGGCUAGAAAUGGACUCAAACAUUAUAUGAAAAAUAAACCUACACGAUGGGGCUACAAACUAUUUGUACUGGCAGAUUCCCUCUGCGGCUACACGUGUGACUUCUUCGUUUACGAGGGAAAGCCAAAUUCAGAGCAGAGUAAAGGUAUUAGCUAUGAUUCGGUCAUGACACUGGUGAAUGAAAAGUUGUUGGGCACUGGCUACAAACUGUAUGUGAACAACAACUACACCAGUCCCACACUCUUCAGGGACCUCCUCAGUAAGAAGAUCUGGGCUUGUGGCACUGUUCGAACAAACCGAAUAGGCCACUCAAAAAAAACAUCUCCUCGCGGCAACAUACGUUGGUUUCGGGACGACAACCUCCUGUUUGUGGAGUGGAAGGACAAGAGAGACGUGCUGAUGUGCUCCACCUUUCAUAAAGCCUACAGUGGUGACACCGUUAAAAGGAAGGUGAAGGGAGAAGAUGGUGUUUGGACCGCUGAGGACUUCCCUGUUCCAGCUGCAGUGCUGGACUACAAUAAAAACAUGGGGGGAGUGGAUCUGUCUGAUGCACUUAUUGGAAAUUACACAGUUCUGCAUAAAACGAUGAAGUGGUAUCGAUCCUUUUUUUACCAUUUUGUGGACAUCGCUGUUGUAAAUGCCUUCAUUUUGCACCGGCACAUGGCCAAAGCGAAGAAUCUGAAGCCUCUGACCCAGAAGAAGUUUCGGGAGGCACUUGUCUCAGAGCUUGCAGGAACAGGGCUUUCUCAUACCUCUGCAGGAGUUCCUAAGCAAUCUCUUUCUCAGGAUUUCCACCUGCCCAAGUAUAUCAGUGGGGACAGCACAAUUGGAAGGAGGAAAUGCAGAAUGUGCCAUUAUAAAACUCCAAUGGAAUGUGUGACUUGUAAUGUGAGUUUGUGCUUUGUUGCCAAGCGUGAAUGUUUUAAGAAAUGGCAUGAAUCAGGUGGUUGUACCGAGGAUGCCAGCGUAAAAAUCUAAGAUGGACAGUUGACAGAAACAGUAAAAAAAACUUGGGUGACAGUGACCCCUGGUGUUGGAGGUGCAUGCACUUAGAUUACAGUAGUUCAUGAUAUGUGGGUAAAAAGUGUGUAAAAAAAAAAAAAAAAUUUUUUUAGUUUGUGUGAUUUCUUACCUGAAUGAUAAUUAUAUAUUUUACAGGAGGUGUAUGUGUAAAAUAAUUUGGUUACCAAGUGUCCUUUCAGAAUAUCUUUGGAGGUACACGCAGGCAUAGCUUAAACUCAAAACUUGUUGUAGUAUCAUCAGGUAAUCGGCUCAAGUUAUCAAGCAUUCAGAAGUGACCAGUUUUGGAGAAUAAAUAGCUAAAGCAGCGACGCUACAAACUGCACUUUCAAUUUGGGUGGGUGGACCAGGAGAAAUUAUGGACUGCAGAAGAUCAGUAAACUAUUUUUAUUCAAUUUUAAUGUUUAGCUUAUUGUUUCCAGGGGUGUAUUUAGGACAUUUAGCUAUUAAAGGUUGUCUACUUUAAGAAUACUAAAAGAUUAAUCAACAACAUUUGUGUUUGAAUACAUUCUGACAUAUUUUAUUUUACACACGUUACAUAUGGAACAUUAGGAGGCCUUGUCGUCGAGAACAAAUAUUUACUAUUAAUGCGGAUUCGGGGGAUUUACCCUAGAUAUUUUUGGAAAAUGAAUGGAAACAGAUUGGACAUUAUUACCAUAGAAUGGACCAAUUUUGGUCAUUUUAUUUCACAGCACAAUUUGCUGGCAUGUCUUUGGACACAUGAAAUGGCGGACAAAAGUAACGGAAGUGGGUACUGUCGCUAUGGUUUACUAUCGAUAAAAUGACUUUUUUUCCUCUUUGAUUGUGUCACUGCAUUGCUACUCAUUAAAGUGAGGGAGAGAUGGUGUUAAUCCGAUCCAAUCCAUAAGGGAGAAAAAUUAUGAUAUACAAAAUUCAUAGCUAAAAAUUCACGCAUACGAAAUUUGGAAAUAACAUCAUUUUAACCUUGAUAGCACACGUACAUGACCCAGAUGUUUAUUUGAUGUGUGUGUUUACAUCUGGAAGACGUGUUUUUAAGGUUGUUUGCCCAUGUGCAAUAAGACAUCCAGCAGAUGUCUUUGAGAUGUAUGUGAUUUAGAAUAUUUGUAAAUCUGAUCUUUUUAAGAUGUUUAGCAGAUGUUAAUUAGAAAGUGAUGCUUUUCAGAUGAAACGCUCUGAAACAGACAUCUUGAACUUAGGGAUGAGAUGAUAUGGUUAUCUCACGAUUCAGUUCGAUAGACGAUAUGAGGGUCACGAUUCAACAUAAUAACACUUAAAUGACAAAAGUAUGUCAGAAAACUGUUAAUUCUUUUUUAAAUGUUUGCACAAAAUGCAAAUAAUUUCUCAUAAAAAUAAAGUUCUUUAAUACACAAUAUAAAUGUUCAAAGUUUAAAUAAUAGGAGUUUCUCAUAUACCGUUCUCUAUAAGAAAAGUAAAAUAUUAGUAGUGGGCUACAUUCAGGCUGAUCAGGUGCAGAACAAGCAAUAAAACUGUCCUGAAAAAGUAUGCGAACAUAUAGAUUUAUAUUGAAUAAUUUGUUAGUCAUUAUCACAUUUUAACUUUUUUAAAAUAAACAAAUUCUACAUUCUAUCAAUUAAUAUUCUAUCAUGAACUUGUACUGUAUAUAUAAAAAUGAUACGAGCUGUCAAUGUUUGAAAUAAUGUGUACAAUUUACAAAUAAUAACAUUAAGUUUAAGUUUAUUUGUAUAACAAGCGCAAAAAUGGUACUGUCACUUUAAGAUUUCAAUGAUACGCACACACAGGUUUUCCGGUUCAUUAACGAGAGAUGUCUAUGUGAUUAAAAUACAUGUUUUUACUUUUUAUUUGACUGUAAAGAACAGUAUAGGUUAUUAAAAGAGACAUAUUAAAUAAAAUGGGAGUGCAAGAUCUCAUCUUUGAUGGACACACAUUACACGGAAGACAUUUUCUGUUUUAAUCAAGCACUUUCCAACAAAACAAGGUGAUUUUCCAGGUUUUCCAGUACUUACUGUAAAUUUUUAAGAGCUAAUUCAAGCACUUCAAGGACCUUGUGCGAACCCUGUAAACAGUGUAGAAAUUAAAAGCACAUUAUGCGUAAAAUCAAGCGAUAGAUAUUAUGAUGUUUAACGGGUCAUUUAGUUUAUGAUCACAUGAACAGAAAACAGAGUUGCAAAUUCUGAAAUAUAGAGUUUUUCCUUAAUAUGGUUCGUCUUUUCUUUCUUUUUUGGUUCGCGAUAUUUCGAAAUUCGAUAUAUCGUCCCAUCCCUACUCAAAGAUGUGCAUGUGCUAUCUGGGAAUUUAGUCAUACAGGAAAAAGAGGCUGGAGUUUAAAAGUCUUUGGAGUUUUGAGAACAUGUUUUGUCAUCCAAAUUAAUUUGUUUCAGAGUAGCUUUAUGCUGUCACAAGGUGCUUUUGAUGCAAUGAAUAGAAAACUAAUAAAAUCUGUAAUCAACUCAUACAAUCAUACAAUUUGUAAUUAACAUUUAUAUCUUAAAAAUAAAGUGGGUGGAAUUUAAAGUUUUAGGAUUUUUUUAGAACGUUUCAACAUUCAAAGUUAUUUAAUUCAGCU